AUGGGAACCAAAUCGCUGAAGCGGAGACUCCGUGAGUCGCAGAACCCUCCCAUGGCCGCCGCGGCUACUCCGUGGCGCAAGCCUCGGUCCUACGCCACGCCUUCUGUGCUUCUCACAGCUUUCCUCACUGUCUCCGUUAUCUCUCUCUUGGUCCUUUCUUCGAACAAGUGGCGCGCAUUCCAAAGCGGGUCUUCAUAUGAAACAGUUACUGUCGUCAACGUGUUCCCUCAUGAUCCGCAGGCCUUCACCCAGGGGCUUGUUUAUCAUAAAAAUGACAUCUUAUUUGAGUCAACCGGUCUUUAUGGGAAGUCAUCUAUCCGUAAAGUCGCUCUUCAAACUGGGAAGGUUGAGGAUGUGCAGAAGAUGGAUGGUUCUUUGUUUGGGGAAGGUUUAACCCUCCUCAAUGACAGGCUGUUCCAAGUAACAUGGUUGCAGAAAGCUGGUUUCAUAUAUAACCUGAAAAAUCUAAGCAAAAUAGGGACAUUUAAUCAUGAUAUGAAAGAUGGCUGGGGUUUGGCAACUGAUGGAACAUUCUUGUUUGGAAGUGAUGGAAGUUCAACAUUGUAUCAAAUUGAUCCUCAAACGUUUAAAGCUGUAUCAAAACAAGUCGUUUACUAUAAGAGUCAUGAAGUACACAAUCUCAAUGAAUUGGAAUACAUAAAUGGUGAAAUUUGGGCAAAUGUUUUUAUGACUGACUGCAUUGUAAGAAUCUCCCCCGAUGAUGGCAGGGUUCUUGGAUGGAUUCUUCUCCAAAAUUUAAGGAAGGAACUUAUGGAAGCUGGGAAUAAUGAUAUUGAUGUUUUGAAUGGGAUAGCCUGGGAUGGUGAACAAAAGCGUAUUUUUGUGACUGGAAAGCUGUGGCCAAAGCUGUAUGAAAUCAAGGUUUCUCCUCUAAAGAAACCAAUUGAAGAAGGGUUCAUUGAGAAAGUUUGCCUGCGUAGGCCUUUCAAAUUUCCAUGA